AUGAAUCUCCAAAUCUCCAGACAGUUGGUUGCGGGGUGGAUUUUGACCCUAAUACUCAUAUUAUCAACCUAUUGGAUCGAAAACAUUCCUCCAAAGUAUACCGAGUUUUUUGAAGGGGAUUUGGCUUUAUCGUACUCUGUUCACGAUACAGUGCCAUACAAAUACGUGAUUAUUUAUUGUUACGUUGUUCCCACCAUUCUUUUAUGCUUGUUUGUCAUAGUGUGUCGUCCGAAAGAUGCUUCCGUCUGGGUUCAUGAUAUCCUCUAUCUUGCCUCCCGUUCCUAUGCAGUCAGCGAGAUUUUUAUCGUCACGUUGAAGAACUUCAUCGGCAGACCUCGUCCUUGCUUCUUUGAGUUAUGCCAGUACGAAAAGGUCGAGACGGUGCUCUCUUCCGGAGAGAUAGUUCGCACUUUCGGUACCUUUGGUGUAUUGGGAAAUGUAACAAAGUGCCAUGGGACACAACAUGACAUUUUCAACGCCUUUCGGUCCUUUCCUUCGGGUCACUCUGCGACUGCAGCCAACGCAUUCGUGACGCUCACUCUUUUAUUUUUCCGGUUUGUGGACAGUCAUUUCGCAUGGAAACAGUAUUCCACUCGGAUUCUGAAAGUGGUCAUUCUCCUGCCGUUUGUUGUUUGGUGCAGUUUCAUUUUCGGAAGUCGCAUCUUUGAUUAUCGACAUCGUCCGGAAGAUGUGAUUGGUGGCAUUGUUUUUGGAACGCUGGCCUCUAUUUUGGUUUCUCUGGUGUUUUAUCCGUGCUUUUCGACAACAAAGAGAAUAAUGGACACUCGAUCAAAGGGAAAGAACGCUUCGUUUUUGUGUAGUAUGUUUUAUGAUGAUGUUGCGGAGAGUUUAAUCAAUGUUUACACGCCAGUUUCCAAGCCUGAGUCUGUAAUCGUGUAA